AUGAACCUUAUAGAGGGGUCAGAUGGCAAUGGUUUCAUGCUCUGCAAGACUCGUUUGGAGGCCGCGAGAUCAUUGUUGAGGACGCAAGAGGAGAAGCAAAAGACGUGGCAACCAUCACCUAAUAGAGCGCAAGCUGUGCAUACAUCCAUUCUGAUAGCUCGUCGCCAAUACAGUAUGUUGGAGGAAAUGAUACCAAGAAUAGAUGUCCUCGUGCUGAAUUCGAUCAAUGUGUCUCUCUUACACAAGCUUGUGGAAGUUGGUCUGUCGGUUAUCCUUGAUCGUGUCUGUACUCGCGAAGCCGCUUUGAAAUUUUAUGAUCACGAAUGGUGCAGACAAGCUGAGGAUGCCAAUCACUGCUCCAGGAAUAUGACGAAGCCGCUCCUCAUCACCGCAUGCGAACGUCGAUUGCCAAAUAUGGAAGUUGUCUGCUUCCUGGUUGAGAAAAUGGGCGUUGAUAUCAACAUAAAUGCCAGGAAGAAAGGCUAUACUAGUGGCAAAGAUGGCCUAUUGUCAGGUAAUGGCGUCCUACAUGAUCUCGCAGGGGGCGUAACUUGGUGGAAUGUGCAUCAGGUUUCGCCAUAUCUCAUCGGAAAAGGAGCCAAUCUGGAGCUGCGCAACCAUGAUGGUGACACAUCUUUGCACAUUGCUCUUGAAUUUAGAAAGUACAAGGGUGUUUUCUACAAGGAUGCUGUGAAAAUUCUUCUGGACAAUGGCGCCGAUGUCAACGCUCUGAAUUCCAAGGGGGAGACCUGCUUGUCGAAAACCGGCAGUGAUAUAGAACUGAUCACAUUGCUUCUAUCUUAUGGUACCGAGAUCUCUCCUGCUGCUAUCUUCUCCGCAAUCGAGCUUGGAAAUGUUGAACUAUUGGAGUUCUUUCUCUCUCAGGGCGAUUUGGCCAACUUAAGGCGACCCGCCCCAGAAACUCCAGAAAGAAUCGAGUUUCGGCAAAUUCCAAGGGCCGAGGUAUAUCCUUUGCUUCAUGCAGCGACUUUUGAAUCUUCAGGAAAACCAGGUCUCAACCCCUUUCGAAUGCGCAUGAUGACAGCGCUUCUUCAGCAUGGUGCAGAUCCCCACGCCAAUUUUACCAAGUUUUAUCAAGUGAAUGACGAUCCUUUUUGCAAUGAGAAGAAACUAGACAGUGUGAUCCAGAAUUCACGAGGGAAGUGGGAGGCCAAAACAUGUAUUGUCAUACAUGAAAUCUUGGAGACAGGGAAAAUAGUUGAGCCAUUGCUUCAGCUUCCAUCACUCCAGCUUGAAUUGCGAGAUUCCCAAGGCAGAACUUUGAUCCUUUCUACUACUGAGGGUAAAACAAUUCAGGAACUUGCCGACCGCGGAGCAGACAUCACCGCCCAAGAGAAAUCUGGCGCAACCGUUGUUCACAAUCUCAUACAACGUGAGCCCCAUGAGCUGGUAAUAAACACCAUCAAGGCUCUCCUUACUAGAGAUCCCAACCUUGUGCACAUAAGCGAUAACGCAGAAUACGUUGACCUCCUGCUUGCAUACGGCGCCGAUCCACUCCAACUAGAUUCAAAAGGCAACACAGCUCUUCACUUCCUCGCCACCAACCCACAUGUGCACAAAGCACGCAUCCAGCAACUCUUGGAGCUUGGGUUGGACCUCAAUGCACGCAACAAGAAGGGAUAUACUCCUCUCUCACGUUACUACGCACACAGUUCAUUGAGAUAUGGAAACUCUUUCUGGGGUAAUGACGUGACAGCUCGCAGUGACAAUGAUUUCAUGGUCUUCUUCAAGGACCGUGGUGCUGAUUUCUUCGCACUCAAUAAUAUGGGGACGUCGCUGGUUCAUGUGGUCGCUGGUAGAGAGAUUUCCGAUGGCGUUUUAUAUCUUGAGGAGCGGUUGAAAGAGCCAAUGAAGAAUCAUGUCCGAUGGUUCAAAUUUCUCAUGGAUAUGGGCUUGGAUCCUAUGCUUGAGGAUGCUCAGCAGCGGACUUCUUUGGAUGUUGCUGCCGCUUGUGGUAAUGAGCAUAUUCUGAAGUUGUUCAAUCAGAGGCCUACAGAGUCAAUCUAA